CCGGAAGAGGGCGCCGAGGAGCGGGGAGAUGGAGGCACCUGCGGUGCUGCUAGUGAUGGGCGUCAGCGGCUCCGGGAAAUCUACAGUGGGUGCGCUGUUGGCCUCCAAGCUGGGAUGGAAAUUCUAUGACGCCGAUGAUUACCAUUCUGCAGAGAAUCGGACGAAGAUGCAGAAGGGGGUACCACUGAGUGACCAGGACAGGAUUCCCUGGCUGUGCAGCUUGCACGACAUUUUACUAAGAAAUGUGGCCUUGGGACAGCAUGUUGUUCUGGCGUGUUCAGCCCUGAAGAAAAUGUACAGGGACAUCUUGAUACGAGGAAAUGGUGGUGCGCAUGCGCCAAGUGAGGAGCCAGCAAAGGAAGAAGCGCUGGCUGGCACAAAGCUCUUGGUGGUCUACCUCUGCGGGUCAUUCGAGAUCAUUUCUGGUCGCUUGCUCCAAAGGAAAGGACAUUUUAUGCCGCCCGAGUUACUGCAGUCCCAGUUCAGUAUUCUGGAGCCCCCGUCAGCUCCCGAAAACUUCAUCCAAAUCAGCGUGGACAAAAGCGUCCCAGAGAUCGCUGCCGCUGUGAUGGAGGCCCUGAAAUGAAGUGGUCGGUUCACACCUGUGGGUCACACCGCCCUCCGCUUCCGAGCUCCUCAACUCAUGUGCAUUCUGAAUCCUUUUGGCUUCUGGGACAGGGUUUCUCUGUGUAUGUGUCAUGGCUGUGUAUGUAGCAUGACCAACUCGCUCUGUAGACCAGGCUGGCCUGGGACUCAGAGAAUCCCGAUGGCUGGGAUUAAAGGUGUGUGCCCCCGGUGCCCCCAGCUGUAUUCUGAAUUUAAAAAAAAAAAAAAAAUUUUUUUUUAAAGAUUGA